AUGCGGCUCUUGCUAGUCAACGAUGACGGCCCCCCGUCCUCCGUCUCGCCCUACUUCGCUCCCUGGGUCGACGCCUUGCACAAGGCUGGCCACACAACAGUCGUUGUCAUUCCUGACCGUCCGCUGUCUUGGAUCGGAAAGGCCCAUGCAGUCGGCAAGACCUUGACCGCCGCAAGCAGAUGCCCAGCGUCCUUUGCCAACGAGACAUGCACCGUCCCCGGCUGCGACGAGACUGAGGACCGUACCCACCGCUGGCUCGUCGUCGACGGCCUCCCCGCCAGCUGCACUCAGAUAGGCCUGUUCCACACGGGCUUCAAGCCUGACGACUUUGACCUGGUCGUGUCGGGGCCCAACCACGGCCGCAACGCGAGCACCGUUUACGCCUUGAGCAGCGGCACCGUUGGCGGCGCCAUGGAGGCUGCGCAAUGCGGGAGGAGGGCUGUAGCCCUUAGCUUCGGCAGCAAGGAGGUGCAGCCUGAUGAAGUCAUCCAGGCGGCGUGUGGCCGCGCCGUCGCCCUCAUCCAAGACCUUGCACGCGACUGGCAUCCGGACGUGGAGGUGUACAGCGUCAACCUCCCCAUGGUCGCCGACAUCGCAGACCGGCCGGUGAGACUGACGACUACGGCACACGGCCGGUGGGUCACGGGGGGGCUGUUCAGCCCUGCGCCCGCCGAUCCUGAGAAGCUAGCCGUCUCGCGCACUUACCAGUUCCGGUGGGCGCCGCAGCUGGCCGAUAUCAAGCGCCAGGCGGACGAGAGUCCCGAGGGCGAGGACUUGUGGGCGUCGCUCAAUGGCGUCAUCAGCGUUGCGCCUUUGAGAGCGAGUUUCACGGCCGUCGACGUGAACAAGUGA